CGGCCAUGUCUAGGGCGUUGGAGCCUCUAGUCGUCGGCAAGGUGAUCGGCGAAGUCAUCGACAACUUCAACCCCACGGUGAAGAUGACGGUCACCUACGGCUCCGACAAGCAGGUGUUCAACGGCCAUGAGUUCUUUCCGUCGGCGGUUCUGUCCAAGCCGCGAGUGCAGGUUCAGGGCGACGACAUGAGGUCCUUCUUCACACUGGUCAUGACGGACCCAGAUGUGCCAGGGCCUAGUGAUCCAUACCUGAGAGAGCACCUCCAUUGGAUGGUCACUGACAUUCCUGGAACAACUGAUGCUUCUUUUGGAAGGGAGCAGGUGAUGUACGAGAGCCCCAAACCCUACAUCGGCUUCCACAGGUUCGUCUUCGUGCUGUUCAAGCAGAGCAGCCGCCAGUCGGUGUGCCCGCCCUCGUCCAGGGACUACUUCAACACCCGCCGCUUUGCCGCCGACAACAAUCUUGGCCUCCCAGUCGCCGCCGUCUACUUCAACGCGCAGCGGGAGACCGCCGCGCGCCGCCGCUGAGCGAUCACCUGCAGCGACCACAUGAAUUCCCAACCCUACGUACUACUCCCAUCUCAUCAUCGCAUGCAUGGCGCAGCAUGCAAGAUAGACCUAUCAAUCUGGCUACGUACUAUGCGGCCUUUGCUGUUUCCUAACAGGCCAUGGUCAAAUAAGAGCUUAUGACUCGUCUUUGGGGCUGAUUUGGUAACAACAUAUUUGGAGGGGAUUCCGGGAGAAACAACCUUUAUAUUCAUUUGAAUAGAAAGAAGUUUUCUCUCCUAUGGAUCUCCUCCAAAUCUCUGGUCACCAAACCAGUCUCUUAGGGAGAGCUAGCUUUCCUUAUCUAUGCUAGUCCGUUCUUCAGUUUUUGAGUUAUUAGUAGCCUCUCUGUGUGCAUGAGCACUCAUGGAUGUAAUAAGAUGUAACUCGUGGGUACGUGUGCCACUAGUGUGAUCGUGUUCAACUCGAUCAGCUAUUCAACUCCUACACAUGCAGGUGAAGGAUGCGUGAAUCGUGCUGGAAACACGCUUGCUUUGACUAGCUAGGAGCCGUCAGCUGUGCUUGUGAGAGUCACGAAGGCUGCGGACGUGUCGAGUAACGGUGAAGGGAGGAGGUAAAAGGCUGUGGCCAUGGCCCAUGGCUCCAGCUAGCUAGUGCUCUCCCCUCAUAUUACCUACAAUGCUGUUAUGCUUGUGUGCCUGCUUGCAGGCAGUGUACUUGUUCCUGACCCUCUUGGAUUGUCUUACUUGUGUAUGUUAUGAUCACUAUAAUAUAUAGCCGAGUGUUUUUCAGA